CAAAACGAACAGGCCUAAUGUCUCGAACGGCCAAGAUGGUUGCCUCCAAGCUCAUAAAGAGGUUAUCGACAACUGUCAAACGUGACAUUGACUCGAUCGAAUGUUAAUUUAACUCGUGACUCGCGUUCCGUAACAUUAUAACCGAAAUGGGGAUCUUUUUCGCAAAAAAGAAACAUCAGAGUCGCGUCACCGAACAGGACAAGGCGAUCCUGCAAUUGAAACAAGCAAGAGAUAAAAUUAAACAAUACCAAAAAAAGAUUGAGCAGACUUUGGAAAAAGAACGUUUGCUCGCGAAGGAACUUUUGAAAAAUGGGAAGAAAGACCGUGCAUUGCUUCUCUUGCGCAAGAAAAGAUUUCAAGAACAAGUGCUGUCACGUACGGAUGGUCACCUGGAAAAUCUUGAACGUAUGGUGCAUGACUUAGAAUAUGCUCAAAUUGAGAUAAAAGUGCUUGAUGGCCUAAAAGUUGGUAAUAAUGCAUUAAAACAACUACAUGCUUUGUUGUCCAUUGAUGAGAUUGAAAAGGUUAUGGACGAGACAAGAGAGGGUAUUGAAAAACAACAGGAAAUAGACGAAAUAUUGUCUGGAGCGCUCACUGAGGAGGAUGAAAGUGAAAUUGAAGCUGAAUUGGAUACAUUGUUAGAAACAGAGAUUGAGGAGAAAGCUCCUGAAGUGCCAGAGGAUAUUUUGCUACCAGAAGUGCCAAAAGAUUUGCCAGAGCAAGAUAAAGGUCGUACGAAAGAAAAAAUUCAGAAACCAGUAGCAGUGACAGCAUGAGAACCAGGAACUGUAUCUGAUACAAAAGACAAAGACUUUUAUAAAAUUAAUUUUGUCUAAUAAACUAUGUAUA